CCUCCACCUGUCCUCGACAGGUAAGAGCCGGUGGGAAGCCGGCAGGAAGUGGACAAAACGGGCCAGAGACGGGGCGCAGAAGGGGACUCGGAACUUUAGCUCCUUUCUGGUCCCGGGGGGCCCUAGACACUCCCUCGGAUGGCAGCGAAAUAAGGGGGUGUGCUCGGCCCUCGGCGCUGCUCCCGUGGUGCCCAUGCCGGACAUUCGGUUCCGAAGAGAGGGUGGCCGAGGCUGCUCGGGGGAGGUGGGGGUGGGGAGGAGUAAUCUCCGUUGCCUCCCUUCGUUCUCAAACCCGGGGGCCCAUAUUGUGUCUCGACCCCCGCCCCGCUUCCUAGUAUGCGCCCCCUACCAAAACCUCCGUUCCCUCUUUCUCGUCUCCUGAGCACUUCUAUACCCGCGCUCCAGCUACCAGCGUCAGUGGCCUCGGGGCCGCUCCUCGCCCCGCCCCCUCCCUCCGCUUUGGAAUCCGCGCGCAGAGGCGGUUGGUGGCUCUGUAACAGCUCCGGCGACCCCAGCUAACGGACCCGGUAGGGGUAAGUGGCUAGGAAGGCACCGGGAUGUCGUAAAAGUGUCGUGAAAGUGCCCGCCCCUGGCCACCCUCUAGGCCACCUGGAUGGGGGCGGAGGCAGCUGGUAGUUGGAAGACGGACAUGGAAGGGUCUGCUCUCAGGGUCGCGGCCUUGCCUUGGGGCUAGGAGAUCUUGAGCGAGAUCCACUAAUCGACUUCAUGGAGAAGCGGCUCUCCUGCGUUUAUUCCUGCUCCUACUUCUCAGACUGCUGAAGCGUCUUCCACGCUUUCUCCCCAUCCGGGCCAUGCUACCAGCUUGGCUGAGCCGGGGGUCCCGGGGGGUGCUCCAGGGUGCUGGCCGCAGCCUGUCGCUCUCCCCCCGGGCCUGCAGCCCCCUGUCCCUGGAGCGGGAAACCGUAAUGGGGGUGGGGAUAAAGCUCGGGCUAGAACCCUCUGAAGAGUCUGCGGCGGCUGGCCGGCGGUGGUCGAGGGCGGGAGGGCUAGAAGAAUUCCUAGCGGGUGCGGGAAGGCGGCCCCGGCCCUCCCUGAGCCCGGGCCCCAUCGCUGCCGCCUCCUGCGGUGGAUGGGGCGUCCUGCCCACCCACUGGGGGCUGUUCCCGCCCGCUCCUGGCAGCCCUCGUCCCCGGACUGGAGCCGCUGCCUGCCUGCGAUUGGUAGGGUCCGGCCGAAGGGGACACAGCUCCGGAGGAGGAGGGAAGGGGGUCCCGGAACAAACGCCAGGAGCUGCAGGUGCGAAAGAAGGCUUGAACUCAGAGUGGGACGUGCGUCCCUCCAAUCUGUAUGAAAACCCAUGGACAAUCCCAAAUUUAUUGUCAAUGACAAGAAUUGCCUUGGCCCCAGUUUUGGGUUAUUUGAUUAUUGAAGAAGAUUUUAAUGUUGCACUAGGAGUUUUUGCUUUAGCUGGACUAACUGAUUUGUUGGAUGGAUUUAUUGCUAGAAACUGGGCCAACCAGAAAUCAGCAUUGGGAAGUGCUCUUGAUCCACUUGCUGAUAAAAUACUCAUCAGUGUCCUGUAUAUUAGCUUGACAUAUGCAAAUCUUAUUCCAGUUUCACUUACUUACAUGAUUAUUUCAAGAGAUAUAGUGUUAAUUGCUGCCGUUUUUUACGUCAGAUACAGAACUCUCCCAUCACCACGAACACUUGCUAGAUAUUUCAAUCCUUGCUAUGCCACUGCUAGGUUAAAGCCAACAUUCAUCAGUAAGGUGAACACAGCAGUUCAGUUAAUAUUAGUGGCAGCUUCUUUGGCGGCUCCAGUUUUCAAUUAUACUGAGAGCAUUUAUCUUCAGACACUUUGGUGUUUAACAGCUUUCACCACAACUGCAUCAGCCUACAGUUAUUAUCAUUAUGGCCGGAAAACAGUCCAGGUGAUAAAAGGCAAAUGAAUGUCAUCCAUCAUUAUUAGCUGGGAAGCACUAAGACAUCUACAUCAGAACCAGCUGGUAAUCUACAGGAGUCUUCCCUUUUUUUUGUUAAUUUGGAAAAGACUUAUCAAAACAUAAACCAUGUCAGUGUCAUCCCAAUUGAAGUCAAGUGCAUUGAAAUUAAGCUUAAAUCAUGUACUGUACAUAUGUGGAAUUUUCCAAUGUAUUUUUAAAUAAAAAUAUAAUAUGGAAUUUUUUAUCUUAAAUUUCUUAAAGUAAUUUGCAAUUCACCAAUUAUUGUUAGUUAAUUUUGAAUUUUUUUGAAGAAUUAUUUGCUGAAAAUGUAUUCUAUAUCCAGGUUCCCUUCUAUAUUAAAUAGAAUUUUCAUUGUUAAGAAAGCAUUAUAUAUUACUAGGUCAGUGAAAGGGAAGGCAAUUAGAUCAAAUGUGAUCUUAUGUACAACUUAGGUAAAUAGUUUUGUUUUUUAAAUCUCUGGCCUAUCACAGUUGAUAUAGAAAUUUUUUUUAUUAGUUUAGACUGGUAAUAUGUAUGACAAAGUUAAGUUAUAAAGAGAAAGGCUUAAAAUGUGUUUUGAAAAUAAAGUCAAAACAUAUACUAGAAUACCAAGGUUUAUGUUCAGUUAAGUCUUCCAAAAUCUCUGAUGCCUCAUAGUUUGUUAUUUACGUCAGGAUAAUGAGUCACAUAAUAGUUAUGGCUUAACAUAUGGGAAGAUUUAUCUAUUACUCUUUGCUACCUAAGGAUCAAUGAUUACUUUUUGACUUUGCACUAUGUUCAUAAAAUAGACAAGUUUUCAUAAUAUUAGAACUUGUAUUCCUGUGAUAUAUGAAUAACAAUAUAAAGAUGUUUAUUUUUCCAAGGUUUUUUUUUUUAACUUAAGAAAAUCUUGUUUUCAUGAAGAUAAUAAAGGAAUAAAAUAGUAGAAAA